UGAAAGUUUGGUUAUUAAAAGUUGUGACUAGUUAACAGCAGUUGUCAACCAGUAUUCGAGAUUUUUCAAGACUAUUAAGGAUUGUUUAACACUCUUGUAAUAACCAGACUGAACGAGUAGCAACUUUGAAUAACUCUUGGCAGUGUGCAGAGACAGAUAUAUAUUCCUCAUCACGAGCCCCCUCGGACCACUAUGGAGUCUGUCGUGCAUUCAUCUGGUUAAUUACAGCAACAGCUGUCCUUUUCACUGUCGGCGCCAAUUUAAAAAGCAGGCAAAUUUGCAUCAAGCUGCAUGUCAUUCAAGAAAACAUCGCGAUUAAAGCCACUGCCAGACAUUCGGUCUGUUCUGCGGCAUUUUUCGGCAGCCGGAGCCCAGAGGCCCGCUUUUUAAACGAUUUAAACGAUUUGAUUAGAUCCACCCCUGAGUCACGAUCUACAACUCUCGUCGAAACGUCCACUCUUUAAUCUUCCCUCAUUCUCCCAGUGAACCAGACUCUUACUGGAUGCUUUCCCAAUUGAAGUGAUUCCCACUCACACUCUUCAUGUUUCUGCGAUUCAGCGAAAAACCACAGCAAUCUCUCCCCCCAAAAGUUCCCCACCAUGGAGUUCGGAGCAAGGUUAAACACGGAUGUUCUUCACAGUCCCGAAAAAUUCAUUCAGCCGGGUAAGCCCGAGGACAUAACAAAAUGCAAAGACCGCCAGAUCUCCGUCUCCGCAAAAGAGAAUAUAAGCCUUCUCUGCGUGAACUCUAACAGAAAUUUGACCCACUACGGCUUCUACGCCCGCAUUCUCUCAAUCAUCGAUGACUCGAACAUCCCUGUCGAGCUUCUGCUGACCAGCGACAAUUGCGUGACGAUCGCAAUUGACUCGAACGCAGUUAGUGAGGACGCUCUGAAGGCCGCUCAGGCUGAGAUGCAGCCGUAUAGCCGUCCCGCCUUGGCUGGGGAUAUGGUUAUGCUCUCCGUGAAAAUCGCUUCGAAACUUCACUGUAGUGAGGUUUUGUCUUCGACUUUUUCCAUCUUGAGUGCUUGUUGCAUUCCUGUGCAUAUGAUUUCCCUUGCUGCUGAUGAGCCGAUUGUCUACUGUGUUAUCAGUAAAUCGGACGUGUCACGGGCACAGAAAACGCUCUAUUCCAAUUUACAUCAGCACUAUGCGUGGUGGAACUGAUGCCGGAAUUGAUGCUUCACUGAGCUGAUGUGGCAGCUUUACCAUGGUGGUGGAUACUCACUACCUGGGGGCAAUCCAGUAGAAAGAAAGCCCCGUUAAAUUAUCCUUGAUACAACCAAAUAGACUCAACGAUAAUGUGUAUCCGAUCUCCCAUUCGUCUAUGGCGUCGGAUCAAAUUCACUUCUCGUGCCUAUUCAUCAUAGUGCAUCAUAGGUACCGGCAAAUCUAGACCUUGCCGCCCUAUAUUCAUUUCUCCAUAGAUAAACUGCAAGCAAUCCAUUU